CUGACAGCUGUCCUUCAUGACAACAGAAGCCACAGAAAUCCUCCUCAUCAAAAACAUGACUUUGAUCUCCGUCCUCAUCUGGACUCUCCUCUGCUGCUGCUUCACAGAGUCCAGAGGCCAGAUCACAGUGACUCAGCCUGCAGCAGUGAGAUCUGAUCUGAGAGGAUCUGCAACCAUCAGCUGUAGCACUAGUCAGGAUGUUUAUUAUGAUAGCGGUGGCCACUAUUUAGCCUGGUACCAACAGAGAGCUGGAGAAGCUCCUAAACUUCUCAUUUACACUGCUACCAGUCGAGCAUCAGGGAUUCCAGAUCGUUUUUCAGGCAGUGGAUCAAACUCUGACUUCACUCUGACCAUCAGUGGAGUUCAGGCUGAAGAUGCAGCAGUUUAUUACUGUCAGAGUCUCCACUAUCCCAACAGUCAGUGGGUGUACACGUUCGGUGGAGGAACCAGACUGGAUGUUGGAAGUGAUGUCCGUCCCACCCUGACGGUGCUGCCCCCCUCCAGCCAGGAGCUGCAGCAGGGGAAGGCCACGCUCACGUGUCUGGCCAACAAGGGCUUCCCCUCAGACUGGAGUCUGGCCUGGAAGGUGGACGGCAGCAGCAGCAGCAGCAGCGGCUGGGAGCAGAGCAGGAGCCCCGGGGUGCUGCAGGAGGACGGCCGCUACAGCUGGAGCAGCACCCUGAGGCUCACUGCAGACCAGUGGGGGAAGGUGGGCUCUGUGACCUGUGAGGCCACCCAGGGCUCCCAGACUCCACUCUCAGAGACACUGAGGAGAGACCAGUGUUCCCAGUCCUGA